CUGAUAGAAAACCGUUUAUCAUUUCAUUUUUAUGGAAAAAUCGUGGAUGGAGGCACUGGAGAUGUUGCAGAUGAUCACUACCAUCGGUACAUGGAAGAUGCAGAGUUGAUGCAUUCCUUAGGUGUAAAUUCUUAUAGAUUCUCCAUUUCAUGGUCCAGAAUCCUCCCAAGAGGUAGAUUUGGAGAAGUUGAUUCCAUUGGAAUCGAAUUUUACAACAGGCUGAUAGACGCAAUCUUGCUCAAAGGAAUACAACCAUUUGUCACACUGAACCAUUAUGAUAUUCCUCAAGAACUUGAAGACCGAUAUGGGUUAUGGUUGAGUCCACAAAUACAGUAGGUCUUCCCUUAUAUUUUAUUUCUUGUAAUUCAUUUAGUAGUACUUUUGAUAUUACAUGUUUGUUAUCAGUAAUCCUAUUAUAUAUGACACAAUGUAGGAUAUGUAGAAGUUUAAUCAAGGCAUGAACAAUACAUUACUAUAGGUGGUUAUGUAUAUUUGCACCUAA